UGAGACGGAAAAUAAUAUUUAUUGCCUUUAAGCCGUACAGGCGCACCUCCGCCAACUAAACAGCCCAACUCAGGAGAGUGAUUGAAGAUCAAGGACCCCAGCGUCCCGGCCAUCGAUCGCUUCCUCCCGUGUUCAGACAGCGGAAGAACCCGUCUGGGACGCGUCAGCGCCACGACCCGAGCCGGAUCGCUGAGGAUCGACCGGCCUCCUCUGUGGAGAGCUCCAUGGACUCGUCGUCAUGUUGGGUCCUUCGCUCUUCCCCUGCGGUCGGCUCCGGACCCGGCCUCUGCUCCGCCGCCUGCUCUCAGAGUUGUGGUCCGCCGCCGGCGGCCCUGCGCCGUGCAGGCGGCUCGGCACCGGGGGCGGCACCCUGCAGCCCGUGAUUGGCCAAGACUCCAUCGAGCUGCUGGGCCACUCCUACCCCCGCGACGACUUCACCAACAUCACGCCGAAGAUCCUGGCCAAGGUGGGCUUCCACCUGCAGAACCAGCCGUACCACCCGCUGUGGCUCAUCAAGGAGCGCAUCAAAGCUCACUUCUACAGCUCGUACGUCGGUCGCUGGGGCAACCCUCUGUUCUCCAUCCACGACAACCUGAGUCCAGUGGUGACGGUGGAGCAGAACUUUGACAGCCUGCUGAUUCCUCCUGAUCACCCCUGCAGGAAGCGAGGCGAUAACUACUACCUGAACAGAACCACCAUGCUGCGGGCCCACACCUCGGCCCACCAGAGGGAGCUGGUCCGGUCCGGUCUGGACGCCUUCCUGCUGGCCGGAGACGUGUACCGGCGGGACGAGAUCAACGCCAGCCACUACCCGGUCUUCCACCAGAUGGAGGGGGUCCGACUCUUCUCCGACCUCGAGCUGUUCUCCAGGGUCCGCGGUGGCGACGAGCUGAGCCUGUUCGAGCGCGGCGGGCGCCGGACCGCCCAGAAGCAGGAGAGCCACAGCCUGGAGGCCGUCAAGCUGGUGGAGUUCGACCUGAAGACCACCCUGACCCGACUCGUCACACACCUGUUUGGACCAGACGUGGAGGUCAGGUGGGUCGACUGCUACUUCCCCUUCACCCACCCCUCCUUCGAGAUGGAGGUUCGUUUCCAGGGCGACUGGAUGGAGGUGCUGGGCUGCGGCGUGAUGGAGCAGGAGCUGCUGCUGUCGGGUCAGAACAGCCGACUUGAUCCACACGACUGUUCAGAUCACUGCCAUACAGGUCAUCGUUAGGGUCACGAAGGUCAU